AUGAAGGCUGGGCAAGCUGGGAAGGAGCUGCAGGGGCCACGCUCCUUCCAGCACCAUCCGAGUGUGAGCCCAUCCACCUUAAGAGCAAAUAAAAGGAGAAAUGAGGUGCACUGUGGCCUGGAGGCCACUCAGGGUGGGGGUUUUGGAGCUCCCAGCCCACAGAGAGGCCUGGGCUUUGGGGAGACAUCCCCUCGCCCAGCCCCUGCCCAGCCAUCACGUGCCACCAAAGGCCUUGCAGAAAAUGACAGGUGCGGAGGGGGCGGGUGGAAGGUGAGCUCCAAACCAGAGCACAGGUCCCAAGAACGCAGCUUCCCAGAGGACACCCAGCCCGGGGCAGGCUCUGUGCCGUCUCCGGAGGACGGACAUGGACCCUGGAAGCCCCAGGCCCAGAGUGGGGUGAGCAGAGCAGAGCGCCUGGGGCAGAUAGGGUGUCGGCCUCCAAGUCAGCAAGGAGGUGCAAACCGCAAUCCCCGUGAGCUCGUGGCAAGCCAGGGGCCUUCAUCUCGGCUGGGUCUCAGGGAGCCUGGAGCCCCGAAGGUCUCCUUGAGAAGGACCCGGAAGCUGGAGACCCCACCAGGGAGCGGGUCCAGCCCCUCCACCCCAGCGUCCGGCAUCCGGCAGGUUCAGGAGUUCCAGAGAGCCAGGAAAGGGGCAGCGCGAGCCACCCAGCAGCGACGCGACACAGGCGCCACGCAAACCCACACGGAGCAGCGCGCCAACACUGCCGUACGGAUGACGGCACCCACCAGAGACGGAGCAGGGGACCCCGGCACCGGAACAGGGGCGCACACACCCCACACGGCCCUUCUAAAUGCGCCCCGCGCGGGAGCAGCGGGCUUGGCAGACCCAGACCGCCAGGGCCCCAGCCUAGCCCCAUCUGCAAAGCAGCUGGCCCCGCUCAGCCAGUCCCCACCCGGUCCCCAAAUCCCUGGGUGGGGCCCAGCGCAGGGCAGGGGCCGCGAGCUAAUGUGGCAGAAACGGCCUCGGCCCGGCUGUGACCCUGGACCCCGGGGCCACACGACGGGAGAGGCCUGGGGCAGGGCAGAGGCGCUCCUGGGCGAGGACGGGGCUCCCUGCCGACACCCGGGAGGACUGAAGGGGUCAGGCCACAGCCAAGGGCCUGGGUUUGAAUUCAGGCUCAGCCGUGCUUCGGCAGCCUCAGUCUCCUCCUGCCUGUGGCCUGGAGGCCAGGAGGCCCCAGAUGGGGGAGUCUAUGGGAUGGAGGCUGACCUGGUCCCCCCACCUGGCCUGGACAGGGACCCAGACGUCUGGGUUUUCCACAAGCUCCUCAAGUGGGAGAGCAGGUGGAGCCCCAACCCCCCACCAGGACCCCAGAGCUUCCCUGCAGAGCGGCCCCGCCUCCGCUGCCCUCGGCAGAGCCCCCUCAGCCGGCAAGGGCAGGGCAGAGUGGGUGGGCCUGGGUGGGGCUGCGGUAUCCGCAGGAGGGGGCGCUCCGUGUCACGCGGCAUCCGCGUCUUCAGGGCGCAGCCGGCCAGCCCUGGGCGCCGGGACCCCCACCUCCUCCUCCUCCUGCAGCCCCGAGCCCCAAUCCGCUUGCCUGGGCAGACCUUUAACCCCAGCAAUGCGGCACCCCAAGGACGGGGCGGCCGCUUGGGGCGGGGUCCCUUGGUCUUUGGGGAAAAGUCCCUUUUCCUGGAGACGUGGGCGCGCCUCGGGUCCGCGCCGGGCGACGUCGUGCCCGCGCCCCGCAGGCCCCAUGACUUGGCAUUCCUUCUUUCCCUUCCCCCUCCUGCCCCCCACCCAGCACCGAGCCCCCCGCAGCCCGCUGGCCCUCCCUCCCGACGCGGAUCCUGCCUCCGGCCCUUUCGCAGCGAGAGAGCGACGCGGAUGGUUUUAGGGGGCGUUGAGGAGAAGGCGGCUAUGAAGGGGGAAUGCAGGGGUCUCCGCUACCAUCGUCCCUUCCUGUCACCGGAGCCCAAGCGCCUGGGAAACGCCACCAGCCGACACGACGCGGCCCCGCAGCCCCCUCCCCACCCGUGGCCGAGCCACACCUGUUACUGGGGCCCUGGCUGCGUAGACCCCGGCCGCGUUCGCGGGCGGCCCUUCCCCGGCGGCCGGCCUUUCUGGAAGGGGCGAGGGUCUCUCCGGAAGCGGGCUCGGCCCCGAGCGGGGUGGACGGGCAGCGCGGUGCUGCACCCGGAGCUGGCGGCCGGUUCCCCCGCCGCGGCCGCCCCGCCCCCCGCCUGUUUUGCUCGCGGCUCCGGCGCCCGCCCUCCCCCACCCCGGGGACCAGGGCAGCUGCCCGCGCCCCGCCGCCCCGGCGCGCCAUCCCCGGGCCGCAUCCGCAUCCUCGGCGCGGCCUCCGCCCGCCGCAUCCCGCUGGGCCGGCUCCUCUCCCGGGGAGGGGGCUGCCGGGCACCCCAGAGGCGCGCGACCCCCGCCCACCCCGGGAAACGGUCGCCUGGCCGAGCCGCGCUUGCAAAACGGGCGGACACCCCUGAAUUUGCCCCAUUGUUCUCCGCGGGGACGGGGGAAGGGAAGGAGCCGCGCCUAGGACGGGGGCAUCGGUCCCGGGCCCCCCACUCGGGCCCCCCAGCCCGGGUUACCCCGGCGCGCGCAGCGGCUGCAGGUGCGCGACGCGGGCGCGGGCGGCGGCCUCACCUCCCGGCGUCAGUGGCGGCGGCCCGGCAUGAGCGCGGCGGCCCGCGGGUCCCCGAGCGCAGAGCUGCUGCUGCUGCCGCCUCCCGGGCUGCGCCGGGCGCUGUGACCGCGACGCCGCGUGACGGUCGCGCGCCCCCGGCCCGGCCCCCCCCCCCCGCGCCCCCUCCCGCCGCGCUGGUUGGCUGCGCGCGGCGCCCGAGCCCCAGCCGCCAGCUGGUUUGUCGCGCGCGGAGAGGGACGGGCGUCGCCGCCGCGGCCGGGGAGGGGGCUGGGGCCGGCCGUGACGUCAGCGCUGACACCGCGGCGCGCUCGCCGGGGAGGGGGGCGACAGACCGCGCAGCCCCGACGCGGCGCCCCCCGCCCCGGCGCGGCCCCCGCGCGCCUCGCCUCACUGGGAAGAGGUACCCCGCGGCGCCCACCUUCGACGCCCCCAGACCCGAGGCCCCCCCGAAGGUGUCCGUGGGGGCCACGCGCCGGGCCCUCCCCCAUCCUGGCCUCUUUUAA